AUGACAACGAUUUUGUCACUUAAUUCAUCUUUCAAGUUCGCUGUAAAUGAAAAUAAAACACGAAGAGGACCCAAAAGAGCUUCAGAAUUCAUCAACCAAUACGACCCGAUUAAGCAGAAAAUUUCCAAUUCUGUUAGAAGUAAGUCUUCAGUCAUGAAAACAAGUUCGUCACGUCAGAUGGAAAAUUUAGUUUCCUACGUGGAAGAUGGGUCUGUUGAAAAUGCACUCCAACUGUUCGAUGAAAUGAACAAAAGAAGCACCUUUUUGUGGAAUAUUGCAAUCAGGGCGUUAACGAGUAAUGGAUAUUUUGAAGAAGCUCUUGAUUUGUAUCAUCAGAUGCGUACCGAAGGUGUUCAACCUGAUAAAUUCACGUUUCCCUUCGUUAUAAAAGCAUGCGGUGGGUGUUUGGAUCUUGUUACUGGGAAGAAGGUUCAUUCAAACCUGUUCAAAUUCGGGUUAAUUUCAGAUUUGCAUGUGUCUAAUUCUCUCAUACUAAUGUACGCCAAGGUUGGACAUAUUGGGUCUGCAGAGAAGGUGUUCGAUGAAAUGCCUGUGAGAGAUUUGGUUUCAUGGAACUCAAUGAUCAACGCGUAUCUCUUCGUUAACAAUGGAUUAACCUCACUCACAUGUUUUUCGAGAAUGCAACAAUCCGGAAUCAAACCUGAUCGAUUCACAAUCGUGAGUGCUCUCCACGCCUCUUCACUCAUCCAUUCUUUACCCAACGGGAAACAAAUCCACGCGAUAAUAAUCAAAACCAAAUCCGAAUCCAACGAAAUGAUUCAAACAUCGCUAAUCGACAUGUACGUGAAAUGCAACGCAAUCAAUUACGCCGAGAGAUUCUUCAACUUGAUUUCUCCACGACACGUUGCAGCUUGGAAUGCAAUGAUUCGUGGCUACAAUCUCAACAAUAAGCCCCUGGAAUCAUUUUCUUGCUUGAAAAAAAUGCAAGAAAAUCGCAUCAAUCCCGACGUUAUCUCACUGAUAAACUUCCUUCCAUCUUGUUCGCAGCUUCAAUCCAUGUUCUCCGGGAAAACCAUCCAUGGAUACGCAAUCCGAAUCGGGUUUCUUCCCCACUUUGUUCUAGAAACCGCUUUAAUCGAUUUGUACGGGAAAUGCGGGAAUCCAAGAUUAUCGGAAAUCAUUUUUGAUCGCAUGGAUCAAAGAAAUUUAAUCUCUCGUAACACUAUGAUCGAUGCCCUAGUGAAAAACGGCCGAUAUCAACACGCACUGAAGAUCUUCCGAGAUAUCUGGGAUCACGAUUUGAAACCAGAUCCUACAACGAUUACCAUGAUACUCGAUAUCAUUUCCGAUAUAGCGGGCCUCCAAGAAGGGAAACGGAUUCACGGGUAUGUCGUUAUAUCAGGAUUUUAUUCGAAUACUUUUGUCCUAAAUUCACUUGUAUACAUGUACGCAAAAUGUGGCGAUCUUGAUUCGGGUCGGGUUCUUUUUGACCGGAUUUUAACCAAAGAUAUUGUUUCUUGGAAUACGAUCAUUUUGGCAAAUGGGUUUCACGGAUUCGGUGAAAUUUCAGUUAAUUUGUUCUUGGAGAUGAUAAAAAAGGGCAUAAAACCGAAUUCGAGCACUUUCUUUUCGGUUUUAUCUGCUUGUAGUUUUUCGGGAAUGGUGGAAGAAGGAUGGAAGUUUUUCAUCUCGAUGAAAUCCGAUUACGGGAUUGAUCCGGGUAUCGAGCAUUACGGGUGUAUCCUCGAUCUUCUUGCUCGAAUUGGCGACCUUGAUCGAGCCAAACGUGUAAUUACCGAAAUGCCCCUGGAACCGACUUCUCGGAUAUGGGGAUCUUUGCUCGGUGCAAGCCGGAAACACCGGGAUCUUGAGCUUGCGGAAUUUGUCGCUAAUCGUGUCUUGUCUUGUGAACACGAUAACACGGAUCACACGGGGUUGUACGUUUUGCUUUCGAACUUGUACGCUGAGAUGGGGAGAUGGGAGGAUGUUAGACGGGUCAAAUCUUUGAUGGAAAGUCAACGCUUGAGGAAAACCGAUGGGUUGACCUUUGUGGAAGUCAAAGGUGAAACCUUUAGGUUUAUGAAUGGAGAUAGAUCACAUAAAGAUAGUAAUUUGAUUUAUAAGGUUUUAGAUGUGAUAUUAGAGAAUCGUUAUGGGGAUUUGUGUAAGUUUAAGCCGGUUGACUUUUUGCAAAGAAUGUCAAAGUCAACGGAUUGGCAUAGUGUGAGACUCGCAGUUUGUUUUGGUUUGAUCUCAACUGCGAUCGGGAAACCGGUUCUUGUUAGGAAAAACGUUAGGAUUUGUGAAGAUUGUCAUUGUGUCAUGAAAAAGAUUUCUUUGACUUGUCAGAGAGAAAUUGUGGUGGGAGAUUCGAAGAUUUUUCACCAUUUUAGACACGGACGAUGCUCGUGCCAUGAUUAUUGGUGA